ACGUCGUCCCCGUAUAGAGAGGAGUAGGAGAGAAGAGGUCAACGAACCGAUCGGAGGUCUACCAGCGAGAGAGUGUGUGGCGCGAGGUGCGAAAUGAGCGAUGAAAACCUGCAUCUACUACCGAGGCCUACUACGACUACUACGCGGAACGGGCACACGGGAUAAUAGUCACCGUCGGUGUCCCCCAGCAGCAGCAGCAGCAGCAGCAGCAAAUCUAGUGAUCCGCGAAUUCCGCGCCGCAAAUUGACACGUUUCGGAAGGAUUAGCGCAGGAGUGGUCGUGUUCCUGCGGGAGAGAGUGGUGGCGAUUGUGAGUCAGUGAGUCGUGGGGGGUGGGUCGUCACCGCGCAACCUUUGUUUAUAGGACAGUUGAAGGCAGAGGACAGGAAGUUGCCAAGCGCCAGCGCCGGGAACGGGGAAGAAGGAGGGUCUCAACAGUUACGCGUAACGUAGAGUACUGUUCCAGCAGAAAGGGCCGCCGUUUGGUCCAUCAUCGUGUGGUGACGUAGUGCUCUCUCGAGUAUGUGGGGGGUGGCUCGGGGCGGCGGUGUUGGUGAAUAAAUUUGACAUUUAUUUGUUAUUGACCCGCGGCGAGCACCGAGAAGAGACGACGCACGAGUAUGCACGCGUGAGGAAUGUGCACCAUCGCCGUGUACUAGCAUUUGCUGCCCGCCUUCCUCGCCCUCAUCAUCACCAUCGGCAGCAGCAGCUCCACCAAACCGAAUGAAAGGCGGCUCAACGACGACGACGACGACGACGACGACGUGCUCCCCGUGUGAUUGCACACACUCGCGCACAUACGCACACACAUUGGCGGCGGGUGGCGGUAGGGAGUCGCGGGUCCGGUGUCGAGGUCGGCGCACGUGUGCGAAAAAGUGAACUCACAAUACGACACUUUGCAAACGCAGUCAGCCAGCAGCCAGCAGCGAUAGAAGCGAACGAGGGAGGUCACGAACAGCAGCGGCAGCGGCAGCGGCAGUAGCAGCAACAACAACGGCAACGAGGCAAGGCCUUCUUGGCUCGUACGACGACCACGACGACGUCGACGACGACGACGGAACACACGGUGUCACUCGGUACACGGUGGGGCGGCCCAUCAUCAGCAUCAUACCCUUAUCCACCUCGCUAACGCACAGUGUGUGGAAUCAACGACACCCGGAGGGCGCUGGUCAGAGGGCAGAGGGAGUGCAGUGUCGCGAUUCGCAUUUCGCCGCCUUACCGCCAGAACAUCAUCAACGUCGGCGCUCUCGGCGCGCGUUAUCGAAGGAGCCCUUCCUUCCGUUCUUGUUAUUCGACGACGGUUGCCAUUGAGAUUGUUCUACUGGUGUGCGUCGACGUUGUGCGGUGUGUGUCCGUUUAUGUGCUUUAUGAGACGCGUAGUAGUAGGCCAAACAGCUAAACACAACAAUCGCGCGCAUCGCCGUCCUCGCGGAGUCUCCCCAUUCGUCGUGCCCCGGUCGAGGCCACCCAAGCCCGUUCGCUCGUUCGUUUGCGCGCCUGGUGGCCCUGAGCAGCGGGGCGUUAGGAGGAGCAGCGCUCUGUGCGCUAAUGCGUAGUACUGCUACUACUUGGCUUCUUGGCCAAAGCAACGGUUCGCGACUUUGUACGUACCAGCAGCAAAUAGCAGCAGCAGCAGCAACAGAAGUAACACGCAACAACCUCGAUCAUCGAGUUGGCUGAGGGAUUGGCUUUGAACCUCGUGCUGUGACCGGCCCCGCUCACUCUCUCCCCCUCUCUCUCUCUCUUUCUUUAACGUUUGUGCAGUGUGUAUGUGUGCCGAGGUCGAUUCCGGCGCGAAGUGAAAGUCCAAUCGAACCCCAUCGAGCCACACCGAGCUAAGGUGAUCGAUCUCCGAUCGCGAGUGAGUGUGCGAAUCCCCCGGUGUAGGGGAAGGUGUCCGGAGUGGGGAAGCAGGCAAAGCCGGUGACGGUCGACGCUCGACGACGACAACGGAAGAAAGUGUCGUCCUCGGGCGGGUGGAUGCCACACCGGCCGGGCGGGAAGGGAGGACGCAAUGAGUGAGAGCAGGAAGGACAAUGACGCAAGAAGAAGAAGAAGUGUUGGUAGUGAAUCGGUUGGAUCGGUGCUGCCGGUUGUGCCUUUCCGGUGAAGAGUUGAACUGCAGUCUGUUUCCGGACGGCGACAACGACCACGACGCCACGCAUCCCCGACGUGGCCAUCCCUCUCCACCUGCCCAUCAUCCGCAUCCACAUCCGCAUCAUCAUCAUCACAACGGUGCGGACGCUGCCGCCGAUCGGCGGGAGCAGAUCAUCGAGAUGAUCUUGGAGUGCACCUCGAUUCAGUUAACCUUGGAGCAGGACUACCCGGCGAAGGUCUGCGAAAAGUGUGUCGAAACGCUCGACAAGUUUUAUCAGUACCGGAGGCGAUGCCUGCUCAACGAUCAGAUACUGCGGGCGGAAAGGUUGCGAGGUCACGCGGCACCGGACAAGGUGCGUUGUGGCGGCCACACUGCGGCCACAAUCGACAAGGUUGCGGUGCGGUACGCGAGCGAAACGACGAUGGAGGAGGAGGAGGAGGAGGAGCAGGGUCGUGAACAACAACCACAACAACGCCCACAUCGGCCCGCGGCCUCUCCCUCAUCGGUACCGGUUCCAGAUCCCUCUGCGACUGCGGCCAACCAAAAUAACGGCAACAGCAACAGGAGUUCACCGAAGAUUUGGAUCAAACAUGAACCACAGCCGGUGCCCGGCGGUACACCCGGUACCACUCCUCCACCACCACACCCGUUGGACCAGCAGGAACCGGGGGGAAGCCAGGAAGCACCACCACCCGCCGUGUCCCCCGCCGAGUCAUCUUCGUCGAUUCUGCGCAGCAUAUUGCUGCAAACGCGGGAUCCCUCGACGGUUGCGAGCCAUCGAUCAUCGCCCAACAACUCGGAGCUGGAAUCUCCUGCCCGCCAGACUCCACCGGGACCACCACCAGCAGUACCAGCCCCGACUGCAUCGGUGCAUCCGGGACCACCGGGUUUGUUGCCACUUCCGACGAAAGCAUCGCCAUGCCGUACUGGCACUGGUACCAGUGGUGGAGGUACGGGUGCUGAGGAGGAACCCGAAGACAUUAAACCUUCGUUACUGCAGCAGAUGUUACUGCAGCAAGGAUCGUCACCGCCAACCCUGGCACGAUCCUCGCCACCGAAAGCUUCCGGUGCGGGUACACCGAUAACAACGGGGUCAAGUGGUGGCAACAGUACGACGACGAUGCACACCGGUUCACCGCUUCCCACCACGUCAUGUUCCUCUUCUUCGCUCCUGAAACGUAUGCUGCUGGAUGGAUCGUCAUCAGCAGCCGGAAGUGGAUCCGCCAUACCUGGACCAUCGCUUGAGCAGCAGCAGCAGCAGCAACCGUUGUUGUUGCCACGCACGAAAAGUGAACCAACGGCAACGACUGCCAGUACACCAUCUCCGCCGGCAGCACUGCCCUCGCCUCAGCAUCAGCAUCAUCACCACCACCGGGGGUCUUCGGAGAUGACGACGGCACCGACCGAGACACCGCUUGCCUCGCAGCUGCGCUCCAUUCUGUUGCAGCACCGAUCGGCUCUGAGCGCACAAGCCACGCUGGAGGAAGAGGAGGAUGAGAGAAUGACCGACGAAAAACCGGAAGUAUCGUACGUCCGGAGUCUAUUCCUGCGUAACGACGAUUCGGAUGAUUCCGAGUGUGAACCACCGGCUACCGAUGAUCAGCGGGAGUUACUACUGUAUGCCAUGUUCCAUGAGCUAAGGGCUCGCCAGCAGCAGCAACAACAGCAGCAGCAGCAACAGCAGCACCAGAACCAACCAUUGCACGGUGGUGCUGGUGGUGAAUCGUCUAGCGAGGAUUCGGAUGAGUUGUCCGAUGAGGCGCCACAGGAUUACCGGUUACCGAGUGUCGUUCGACGGCGUAGCACCGAAUCAUCGACGACGGAUUCACGGACCAGCGGUAAACGGCGCCGGAUGGAGUAUCCCUGUUUGCUGUGCGGUCGUACGUUUGCUGGCCGGAAUAAGCUCGUGCUACACAUGCGCACGCACAUGAUGGAAAUGGCCGCUGGUUCCGUGGCAAGGACCACCACCACCACUACGGCUGGUGCUACCACCUGCACCUCUUCUACCACAGCCACGGCAGGCACCACCAAUACGGUCACAUCGUUGGCGGGUGUGCUGCAGGCAAAGCUCCUCCAAGAUCACGGUUCUACGUUGAGUAAUGGCGGAGGAUCGUUCGUGGAUGAUGAUGAUUCUUCGUUAAUGCGACGAUUGGCUGGUGGCAACUUCCAGAACGCCGCCCAUCAUCAUCCGGCCCUACAUAUGGCCGGUGGUGCUGCUGUUGAUGCGCAACUGCUGAUGGGUGGUAAUACCGGUGGUAGUGGUGGUGGUGGCGGUGGCCAUGGUACGAACGAGGAUGAGAUCGAUAUGCUCGAGCGUCGAUCGUACGCGUGCUACAUCUGCGGGGCCGAUCAGGGAAAUCUGCAACAGUUGCGUGAGCAUUUGCUGGAUGCGCACCAGGAUCGGGUACGAUCGAGGGGUAGGACACGCGAGCGGCCUAAAACGACGAUUAGCUGCGAAAUCUGCGCCCGCCAGUUCCGCAGCCAGUUCGCGUACGGUGAGCACAUGCGGACACACACUGGCGAGCGGCCGUUCCCGUGCGAUCAGUGUGAUAAGCGGUUUCCCCGGCGGUUCCAGCUGCUCGGCCAUCUCUACAAUGUGCACAAGCAGUCGUGGGUUGCGGACGAAUCGAAGGCAAAGUUUGCGAGGAAGCAAUAGCGAUACUCCAGGCUUCCGCCGACGUAGGGCAGCAGAACGCGCCUGUGGGCGUACCCGUUAGAACGCGACAGGAUAAUACGAAUUUUACACCCCGUACCCUUAACGCGAUCGUCCCCCUCUUCCUCUCUCUCUCUUUGUUUUAGGUUCUUAUCCAUCUUUUCCUUCUGCCGCCGGAACAGGCGACUAGAAUAAGGGAAAGAAGAGAGGAGCUGUAGGGGGUGUGUAGGGUGAGCAGCAUGAAUCAAAACGAGAACAACGAGAGGGGUGGCUGCUCCUAGGCUAGGGGAGGUGUCCGAGCCACGCGGGCCGCUUCCUCGCUCGCCCGCUCGCCGUAUGAUAACAUUUCCUUUUUUCGUUUUUAUUUGUUUGUUUUGUAGCAUAAUUGUUGAACGUUUAUACAAGCAAGAAUAUACUUAUAUAUACAGUCGGA